AUGCGUGCGCCAGUACUCGCCGAAAACAGAGGAGGGCCAGAUAGAAUUGCGACGUUAUCCUGCAUAUCUCCUGCUGUUAUUUUUGAGGGUAGUUGCUGCACCUCCCUUAACCCAGGAGAUUGUCAGGUUAUGACCACGACGGGAGUCUUAGUAUCCAGCAUGGUACCAAACUCCAUAAUUACCACGGCGACACCAGUUUGGGCAGCAUCCCCGAAAUCUGGCGAACCUACUGCAUUACCUGGCCAGUCCACAGAGGAGAAUACAAAAAUUUCUCGCAGUUUCGAAAGUGCACGAACUCGAACGCAACUCUCUCGUGGAAGUAUCACUACCGUCGUACCCACAAACCUCAUCACGUCAAUUGUAACAGAAGACGUGACGACACAGAUCUCAAUUACUCUGCCUCUACCACCAUCAUCGAUUACCACCAUAACAAUAUCACCAAUUUCCACAACCUCAGUCCUUUCCACAAUAUCAACAACCACAUCUCCCGCAACCAGCCCAACAUCUUCACCAACAGCAGCACCAGCGCCACUAGCAACCCCUUCCACCUCAACACCCCCAAACAAAGCCGCAAUAGCAGCCGGCACAACCAUCGCCAUCCUCUCCCUCCUCGGCCUCCUCAUCUUCUUCCUCAUCCGCCGCAAACGCGCCAACCCCUCCAAACCCCUCAUCCCCUUCCUCCACCCCUCUCCCGGCUACGCACAAUCCCGCUUCAAACACGGCCGCAAACUCCCCAUCAACAUCGGGUCCCCAACCGGCGUGCAAACCCUCAACGAGAACAACGAAUGGGUACCGGGCAUCCAGCCGCGCUUAGGAUCCCUAAAAGCAAACUCGAUAUUGCAGCAUCCGUCGCUGGUGGAUGACGACGCGGUGAGGCUUGAUUGGGAGCGCGACGGCGGGGAGUACAGAGAUCAUGUGCCGAGGACGUUGCAGCCGGGAUGGUUUUCGCGGCCUGUGUCGCGGGUGAUAGUUGAGGAGGAGGGGGAGGGGAGGGAUAUUCCGCUCAAGACUGUCUCGGAGGAGAGGGCUGGGGUACGGUCGUCGUAUGUUGCGUAUUCGCGGCCGGAAUGA